AUGUUAACUUUAGAGGAUAUUUGCCAUGGCUAUGGCCUUCUUAUUGGCCUGACGUCCUACCGUCUGGUCAAUGGUAGAUAUCAACAAACGAGGAUAACCCAGGCAUAUGCCCUCAUCAUGAACGUGGUCGUCAUCUGUACUUUGCCAUUUGUUUUCUGGGAUAUAGCCAAUGGAGUUAGGUUAGGGCCCUGGCUACCCGGAAAGAUGGACAUUGUUCCGUUUGUUCUUUACAUUGUCGACUAUGCGGUUAUAGCCUAUAUCCUGGUUUCGCGAUGCCAACGGGACAGCGUGGUAAAAGACAUACUGGAUUUGUCCGAUCGCCUGACUCGGAAUAUGGAUCGAGCUGGACUGAGACCGAACCCGCAGCUAAGAAGACUGCUGCACUUGAAGUCCUUUACAUUGGCAUACAUGAACAUUAGUUCAGUGGCAACGAUGCUCUUUCAACAAUCGGGAGUCCUGAAGACAUUACAGAAUAGCUUUGCUUACAGCAUUCUAAACAUAACUACGUACUUUUACUUUGCCUCCAAUUGGCAAAUAGCCAGGGGAUAUGAUUGUUUAAACCAACAACUUGGUUCAGGAAGGACGUCAGAAGAAGAGAUCAGAAAUCUCUGGUCCCUUCAUUUGCUUCUCGGGCGCAUGGCCCAGCGGAUAAACCGGAUCUAUGGACUCCAGAUGCUCGUCUGCCGACUGGAUUACAUCAUUUGCGACAUUGUUGGCGGCUAUAUUAGCAUUAUUUUCCAGAAUCAAGGAUUCAAUUUUCGAGUAGUGCAUGCGACUUCAAUAUUGUUGGCGCGAUCCCUGGACUUUUUCAUCAACGAUUUAAUAUGUGAAUUGAGUCAAAGAUAUCAGUGCCAUCCGAAGGACGAAGCAAGCGAGCGGAUAAUGUCCCAGGCGGUAAGGUAA